UCUCCCGCCUUUCUUGAUCGCCGGAACCCUAAAGAGAUCCAGUGGAUUAGCAGCCGCGGUGAUGGCGAACGGAGACGCCGCGGGGAUCCGCGGGGCGACGAAUCCGAUGGUGACGCCGCUGCUUACGGACCUCUACCAGUUCACUAUGGCCUAUGCUUAUUGGAAGGCCGGCAAGCAUCUCGAGCGUGCCGUGUUUGAUCUUUAUUUCCGUAAAAACCCAUUUGGUGGGGAAUACACAGUGUUUGCUGGUUUGGAAGAAUGCAUACGGCUUAUUGCGAAUUUUAAGUUUAAGGAGGAGGAGAUAUCUUUCCUGCGCUCUGUCAUGCCUACAAGUGAGGAUGGUUUCUUUGACUAUCUAAGGUCAAUAAAUUGCUCUGAUGUUGAAGUAUAUGCCAUAUCUGAGGGUUCUGUUGUUUUUCCUAAGGUGCCUCUGAUGAGAGUUGAAGGGCCAGUUGCUGUGGUUCAACUCCUUGAAACUCCAUUUGUAAAUCUUGUCAACUAUGCCUCUUUAGUUACUACAAAUGCUUCAAGGCACCGAUUUGUUGCAGGAAAGUCAAAGACUCUCCUUGAAUUUGGACUUCGACGGGCACAGGGGCCUGAUGGGGGAAUGAGUGCUUCAAAAUACUGCUAUAUUGGUGGAUUUGAUGCAACAAGUAAUGCUGCAGCUGGGAGGUUAUUUGGCAUACCACUUCGUGGAACGCAUUCGCAUGCCUUUAUUAGUUCUUUCAUGAGCCCUGAUCAGGUUGUAGUCAAUGGACUUAGCAGCCAAGAUGGGUCAAGUGCAUGUGAGGAUUUUGUAGCUCUAGUACGGAGUUGGCUCAGCAAACUUCAGAUGGUAGAAUCCUUGCGAGGUAUUUUUGGUGAAACAAAUCAAAGUGAGCUGGCAGCAUUUAUUUCAUAUGCAUCGGCAUUCCCAAAUAACUUCUUAGCCCUUGUGGACACAUAUGAUGUAAUGAGGAGUGGAGUUCCUAAUUUCUGUGCAGUGGCAUUAGCGCUAAAUGAUUUGGGUUAUAAAGCAUCUGGAAUUAGACUAGACUCUGGUGAUCUUGCAUAUUUGUCCGUUGAGGCUCGAAAAUUCUUUCGUGCAAUUGAAAAGGUGUUUGGUGUCCCUGGUUUUGGAGCAAUGGUCAUUACAGCGAGCAAUGAUCUCAAUGAGGAAACAUUGGAUGCCUUAAACAAACAGGGCCAUGAAGUGGAUGCCUUCGGUAUUGGAACCUAUCUCGUGACUUGCUACACCCAAGCAGCUCUUGGUUGUGUAUUUAAACUAGUUGAGAUAAACAAUCAGCCUCGCAUCAAACUUUCAGAAGAUGUUACAAAGGUCUCUAUACCAUGUAAGAAACGCUGUUAUAGAUUGUAUGGAAGGGAAGGCUAUCCAUUGGUAGAUAUCAUGGCCAGAGAUAAUGAAUCACCUCCGAAGGUUGGUGAGCGUGUUUUGUGCCGUCAUCCUUUCAUUGAAUCUAAGAGAGCAUAUGUCGUACCACAGCACGUUGAGGAGCUGUUGAAGUGUUAUUGGCCCGGAAAUUCCUCAAAAGCAAGAGAAGAAUUGCCUUCACUCAACAAGAUCAGAGCACGCUGCAUUCAACAGCUCGAACAAAUGAGACCAGAUCAUAUGAGGAGAUUAAAUCCAACACCUUACAAGGUGAGUGUUAGUGCCAAACUAUACGACUUCAUUCAUUAUCUCUGGCUCAACGAGGCACCUGUCGGCGAACUUCAGUGAACUGUGUAUGUAUAUAGCUCACUCUGCAACUGAUGAUUUUAGGAAGAGUGUGUGUUGAAUUGCUGUUAAGAUUCUAAUCAUUCAUCAUCUAUUUAUGGUUAUGAAAUUUUCUGAGUGGGUUUUGAGGUUUCUUAGAAAAAAAUAGGUAUUGUUGAUUGCUUACUGGCCAUGUGUUGGGGACACUAUUGCUAGUCACAUAGAAGGAGCUGCUCAUUCUUUUUCCACAUUGAGUGGGAGAAAACCAAGUUAUAUGUUUUGCUUAAUUAUCAUGCUCUAAUGUCUGUGUUAUGAGAGAAACCUUUGAACAAGGAGCAUAAAAAGGCUUGCCUCUAAUUGGAUAUUAUGAUCUUUUGUUGAAUUAGUGUUGUUUUAAUUAUAAAGGAGGCAUUUCAAGCAACAAGCUUUUCAA